AUGUCCCGUGAACGGUCUGAAUUGUAUAGUCCGGCUGUCAGCGUACGUGAUGAAUCGGAGGCCGAAGAAGUCGAACGUGUAAGGAAGUAUGAGGACUUCACCACUAUAGACUGGAUCCAGGAUGCUAUUAUCGAGAGGAACCGCCGAGUGCGGAAUGCACGAAAACUACACACCACAUAUCGAGGCUACGGCUCGCGAGGAGAAGCGGUACUUGUCUGGCUCUGGUUAAGGCUUCGCGUGCUGGUAAAUGGAGGUCAAAGCUGGUUCGUGGUCAGCCUCGUCGGUAUGUGCAUUGGAGUUAACGCCGCCCUCAUCUCUAUUGUCACUGCUUGGCUUUCCGACCUCAAGAUGGGCUACUGCUCAGAUGGCUGGUGGCUAAACCGUCAGUUCUGCUGCUGGGAAAUCGAAGGCGGCGACGAGAGUUGUGACUCCUGGCACUCAUGGAGCACGGCUUUCCCCGUCCGUUGGACAAUUUAUGUGUUGUUUGCCGUCACUUUCUCAUUCACAGCUGCCCAUUUAGUGAGAUCAACAGCAAAAUACGCCGCAGGGUCUGGUAUCUCAGAGAUUAAGUGUAUCCUGGGCGGCUUCGUCAUGAAGGGGUAUCUUGGAUUUGGGACAUUCUUUAUCAAAAGCAUUACAUUACCUCUGGUCAUCGCAUCCGGUCUGUCUGUCGGGAAAGAGGGACCUUCGGUACAUGUCGCAUGCUGCGUAGGCAAUCUUGUGGCCAGUCUAUUCAAUCGAUACUCAAGAAGUCAAGGCAAAAUGCGGGAGAUCUUGACAGCAUCUAGCGCGGCUGGUGUCGCAGUCGCAUUUGGAUCCCCGAUUGGUGGUGUAAUGUUCUCAAUCGAGGAAAUGAGCAGCAUAUUCAGUAUAAAGACAAUGUGGAGAAGUUUCUUCUGUGCUCUCAUGGCAACUGUGACCCUCUCUGCAAUGAAUCCCUAUCGCAGUGGUAAACUGGUGUUGUUCCAAGUCACUUACGAUCGAGACUGGCAUUUUUUCGAGAUCAUAUUUUUCGUCAUACUAGGGAUAUUUGGAGGACUAUACGGCGCUUUUGUGGUCAAAUUCAAUCUGCAGGUCGCUGCGUUCAGACGCAAACACCUAGGCAGCUUCCCUGUGGCCGAAGCUGUUAUUCUGGCGAUGAUAACAGCCAUAAUUGGCUGGUUUAAUCGUUUUAUGCGCAUCGAUAUGACCGAGAGCAUGUCGAUUCUUUUCAGAGAAUGUCAAGGCGGUGGAGACUACGACAACAUUUGCCAGACUGCAUUGCAAUGGCCGAUGGUUAAUUCGUUGCUCUUUGCUACUGUCCUUCGCAUCGGGUUUGUAGUGGUAUCAUACGGCUGUAAAGUUCCCGCCGGGAUCUUCGUCCCGUCCAUGGCAAUUGGUGCUACGUUCGGGCGUAUGCUUGGGAUCAUGGUCAAGGCACUUUAUCGCGCGUACCCCAAGUCAAGCAUGUUCGCCGUUUGCCAGCUUGAUUUGCAGUGCAUUACGCCGGGUACAUACGCGUUCCUCGGCGCCGCAGCCGCUCUCAGCGGAGUGAUGAGACUCACUGUCACAGUUGUUGUCAUCAUGUUCGAGCUCACCGGUGCCUUAACAUACAUUCUGCCUACAAUGAUCGUUCUAUUAGUAACGAAGGCAGUGGGGGACUUCCUUGGUACAACCGGCAUCGCAGAUGAAAUGAUUCGUUUCAAUGGUUAUCCAUUCCUCGAAAGGGAUGACCACGCAUACAAUGUUCCUGUAUCUAAAGUCAUGAAAAAGCAUUUACACCGUUUGCCUGCGAGUGGGCUCUGCAUUCGAGAUAUAGAGGAGCGCCUUGCCGCGACCGAUGUGAAGGGGUUUCCGAUUAUUCACGACGAUAGCAAGAGUACUCUAUUAGGAUACAUAGAGCGUUCCGAGUUACGCUAUGUCUUGGAUAAGGCGCGGGACGUACAGGCUUUAUCGCAGGAUACUCCAUGCACGUUCAAGUCGAGCGCAGAGGAUCGGAGUCAAGUCAGUUCCCUCGUCGAUUUUCCGGUCAUUGCUACAGGACCAGCAGUUGGAAUUGACGAGGACCUAUCCAUGGAGAUCAUCGAAACGACAGCGUCUGCCGAGACGUUGCAAUUGUGGCCGUGGGUAAACAAGACUCCGCUGACGGUCUCUCCAAGCCUACCGCUUGAGAUCGUGAUGCAACUCUUCAAGAGAAUGGGGCCGCGGGUGAUUUUAAUUGAGGACCGGGGGAGCCUGGUCGGCCUUGUGACAGUGAAGAAUUUACUUGAAUUCACUCUGACGGCACAGGACAAGGAGCGUUCACCCUGGAGUGAACGGGAAUUCGAGGGGGUUAUCGAAGAGAUCUGGACGUGGAUGAAAGAUCGUACACAGCUCCUGCUAUCAUGGUGUCGAAGAAUCUUACGAAGAUGA